ACGGUUUGUAACGACAACAGGAUGUAAGGCGGCACUUCCACCGCGGCGUCUUAAGGCUGAACACGUGCUUCCUCACUGUCCUGUUCCAGUUCCCACCACAGAGCUUAAGAAUGGGGUAAAGACCAAACACCUCGAGCGCAAACCUGAAGCAUCGCCUGCCGUCUCACCUGAACAGGUGGCGAAAGCCGGGACCAUGCACGGCCGCCCCAGGAAGUUAAAGGUCUUCAUGCUGACCGUGAUGACCGUGUUCCUCUUCAUCAUCGUGGAAAUGUCCAGAAACACCGGUCAGGACAAGUUGGGCAGGAACAAAACCCUCAUCCCCAACAAGCAGUUCUGGAAGAAGCCCGUGCGCAGCAAAGCCUACUGGAACCUUCAGCAGGAGCAGCUGGACUACCUGAACAACCCCAUUCUGAACGGACCCAACGGACCCAACGUCUCGCUGCCGGACUGGCUGAACGACACGAUCGGACGGGAAUCCUGCGAGCCGGACCUCAGGGUCAUGAGGCAGAACAAUUUCAACCUGCUCCCGGAUCGAUUCAAGGACUUCCUGUUGUACAUGCAGUGCAGGACGUACCCCAUGGUGGUCGACCAGCCCAAGAUAUGCAAGGAGGAUAUGUUCCUGCUGCUGGCCGUCAAAUCCCUGGCGCCGCAUUUCGACCGGCGUCAGGCCAUCCGAGAGUCCUGGGGUCGGGCCGGACUCCUGGCGAACAAGACCGUCGUGACCGUGUUCCUCCUGGGCAACACGACCACCAUGGACCACUUCCCGGACCUGUCGGAGAUGCUGCGCUACGAGAGCUCCAUGCACGGCGACAUCCUCCAGUGGGACUACCGGGACUCCUUUUUCAACCUGACCAUCAAGGAGGUCCUGUUUCUGGACUGGCUGAACGCCAGCUGUCCCGGCGCGAGCUUCAUCUUCAAGGGCGACGACGACGUCUUCGUGAACACCCUGCACAUCAUCGAGUUCCUCAAGAAGCUCACGCCCGUGAAGGCUCGGGACCUGUUCGUGGGCGACGUGAUCACGAACGCGGGCCCGCACCGAGACAAGAAGCUGAAGUACUACAUCCCGGAGAGCUUCUUCGUCGGGGCGUAUCCGCCAUACGCCGGCGGCGGGGGGUACCUCUAUUCCGGAUCGUUGGCCAAGAGGCUGCACGGUGUCGCGAACAAAGUGGCGCUCUACCCCAUCGACGACGUGUACACCGGGAUGUGCCUGAGGAAGCUGGGGCUCGCCCCGGAGAAGCACAAAGGUUUCAGGACCUUCGACAUCGAGGAGAAGUACCGCGCCAACGCCUGCGCCUACAAGGGCCUCAUGCUGGUUCACCCGAGAAGCCCGCAGGAGAUGAUUAAAAUCUGGACCUGGCUCACUGACCCCGCUUUGAACUGUCAGUAAAAUUCCAACCCGGAUUUCUGGCAGCUCCUCGUUUCAUGUAAAAGGUGAGCGAGGACGUUCCAGCCGCUCUAUUGAUGUUAGAGAUAGUGUUAGAGGCUUUUACACAGGUCGCCUGUUGCUUAGCCUCACCAAUGUUACAGUUUAGCUUCUGCUAAGGACAGUGGGAUCAUGGGAAGCGUAGUUCAGCCGGUCUGAACUCGGAUUGGUGUAUAAAUGCACAGAUGAAUGUUUAUUCGUCAGUGCAUACAGCUCUGCUGUUUAUUCCUAAAGCCAGUACGCUGAAGUGCUAUGCAAACCGUUACACGCAGAACAGCUCCAGUUAUGGAACCGAUUUUAUAAACCGUAAAGCUACCGGAUCAUCGGGUCACUUCUAGAUACUUCGUUUUGUUUGUUUGUUUGUUUUUCACUGUGGUUUGUGCUGCUGUCGAUCCGCUCCACGUUGCAGUGCCCUGUAUAAAGCAUCAGUAUGUAACGAUCUGGGGAUUUGGCGCCCCCUUAGGUGAAGAAAUGUUACUGCAGGCGAUUUUCAGACGUGCAUUUUGAAGCACUUUUGAGCUUCAGUGCCCUUGAACUUCUGAUGCUUCUGAGAGAUUCUUCUCAUGCUGAUGGCGGUGGUGAUGCUCCAAAAUCCCCAGUGCCCCCAAGUGUCCCCAAUUUAAUUGGGUUGGGAUCUGGUGACUUCUAAAACUGUACAGUUCACCCAACAAACCCCAACAUUUCCUGACCAGUUUGGCUGUAGAUGUUGAACUUCUAAACGCACAAUUUGACCCAUUUUGGCGUCCUAGUCAUUUCCAGUCACCCCCCACCCUUCCCCAUUGGCCAAGAAGGGCUAGAGAUUAGCGCUCUAUUUCCACUCCUCGAGGAAAACCCCUUCCCGACCUUUCCUUACUCAGACACAGCCUGCCAGACCUUAAACUUACUACAGUGGUCAAUCAUUUAGGUAUGUACCGUUCUCUUGGUGUAUGCCACACAUGCCAUAAAACACAUGGAGUGCCUUCUGUUCCAAAAGUCCAGAAAUGUCAGGCAGGGCAGUUGUAGCCUAGAGGUUAAGGUACUGGACUAAUAAUCAAAAGGUCAUUGGUGUCUUUAAUUGGGUUGAGAUCUGGUGACUUCUAAAACUCAACAAACCCGAAUAUUUACUGACCAGCUUGGCUGUGGAUGUUGUAUUUAUUGGUAUUUAUUCAUGGAUUGGCGUUGACCCUUCAUUCUAAACGCACAAUUUGACCCAUUUUAGCACUCCUCGAGUAAAAACCCCUUCCCGACCUGACCUUACUCAGACACAGCUCAUUGUGUCUGUCGAGUGCCUGCCAGGCCUUAAACUUAAUACAGUGGUCAAUCAUUUCGGUCCAUACCGUUCUCUUGGUGUACGCCACACAUGCCCCGAAACACAUGAAGUGCCUUCUGUUCCAAAAUAAUCUCAGUAAGGUACUGGACUGGUAACCAGAAGGUCACUGGUUCAUGCCCCACCACUGCCAGAUUGUUGCUGUUGGGCUUUUGAGCGAGGCCCUAAAUUCUCAAUUGCUCAGACGGUACACUGUCACAGUCCUGCUUCGGAUAAAGUCUGCCCGCCGGCAUCUGCACCUUUUUUUUGUCGCCCGUCUCCGAAUUCUGGACAAUGGGCACCAUAUCUGACCACACUGACCAAAUUUGAGGCUUUCACAGCAGUGCCUGGACUCCUGAGUAUUGCUCCUCCAAUCACCGAUCUCAUCAUGCUACUCAUUUAAACUUAAAGUUACAUCCUGCAGCUUUAAAAAGAAGAAGGACUCGAUUGCAGUUCUACUUAAUGUUCUGGAUCCAAAAUUUCAAACGCACAUUCCGGAUCAGCUGGGGCGACGCCCUUUUAUAAACCUUUUUUAAGCUAGAAGACCAAUCGUGUCACUCUGUAGCUUUGGUGCAUUUAAAACGUUCACUGUGCUGAAACCAAAAUGUUUGUGCCUCGUGCCGACGUCGUCAACCUGCUGUCCACUUUCAGUAUUCUUUAGCGGGAUGAAGACGACGACGAGGAGGAAUGUUGCUGUUCAGUAUCGGAGCAAAUCGAGAGGCAGAGGCAGCAUCCAUAGUAGGAUGUAACCAUUGCCUAGGUUACGGCGACACCUGCUGGCAGGGUGUUGCGAGUACUUCCUUUACACCGUGUGCCUGCUUUUACAUGCACAUUCAUGUUCUGAUCGUCUGAUUUCGGUCUGAUCUGACUGUUCUGGGUCUAAGAAAAUUAUUUUAAAGAACUACAAGCCACCCUGAUGCACAUACAGUCUCUAAACAUUAUGUCAAAUCAGUACGUCACCAAUGUGCCUGCUUCUGUAGUGUCGCACUCGGAAUUCACUGCUCAAACUCGAUCCUGCAGCCUUUCAAACAGCUGCAGAAACAACUCUUUGUUGUAUUUAAGGUCACUUUAAGGAACUCCAAGCCACCCUGUAGCACAUACAGUCUCUAAACGGUAUGUCAGAUUAUUAUAUCACCAAUGUGGCUGCUUCUGUAGUGUUAUGUUCGGAAUUCACUGCUCAAACUCGAACCCCUGACUGUUAGACUCGUGUCUGAAUCUGUUCACCUUUUGCGACCUUGAUACGAAUGACGUGAAUCAUCCGGCUAACUAUACACAGCAAGGUGCAGCAGAGUCGGUGUUGCUAUGGAAACCAUGCAAAAGCAUCGUAUUGGAACCUUGAAUGUAAUGGAGCCCACCCUAAACCAAUCAGAUUGAGGGAUUCAGCAGUGCCGUGGUGCUCGACUUGAAAGUGGUGAUGCUGCCACCUCACUGCUGGAAGUUCAUGAGCAGCCCAGGUACUUUCUGUACCUCCUUGAGGGUCAGAUUAUCACCGAAAUGUGAAUCAGAUCAUUUUGUGCAUGUAAACACACUAAUUAGUUUAUCAAUACACUGGAUUUCUGUUCUUGUGAUGCUGAACUUCGUUGUACUGUCGCUUGUUUCCGUAUUUAUUGUUUUUUUUUUCCUGUGUUUUUGAUUCAAAUGUUGUGAAACGUUCUUCAUCACUGACAUCCCAAAGAAGAAAUCCCAAAUAUUACACGUAGGACUGACCAGGAUGAACGACGUUCACGUAUUUAUUGUAACCUAAAGACAGUAUGAGCGGGUGGAGUCGGAUAUUCAGUUUCCGUUAUUUACUACAGCUCCAGAGUUAUUGACACCCUCGGUAACAGGCUGUAGUGUUUUUAAAAACAGAUCCCUCUUCUUAACCUUCACAUCUAAAGGUCCUUACGUUCUUCUGCUCUUCAGCUCAAUCCACAGCUUUCCAAUGACGUUAAGCUCAGGGCGCCGGGCUCAGAAUCCUUAACGAUUCCUGAGAUAAAUCAACCUCAAAACAUUACCGAUCCUCCGCCUUCAUAACUGUGACCAUUCAUUUCACCCCACGCUCACCUCGAGUAUUCGUGUUCCUUUAGUGCUUUAUGUUCGUCUCAUCCCACCGUAGAACCCAGUUCAAGUAAAGACUUAAUACGGAGUAUAAACAGUUUUAUUGUAAAUAUAAGUCUGUUUAUGGUAACUAUGGAAACAGUGAUUGUUAUUUAAUAUAUAAAUGAUUAAUAGUUAUUAUUUAUGUCAAUUUAUUAUCGAGUACGUCUGAACGGAUUGCAGGAAACGGCUCAUGAUCUGGCAUAAAUAAGAAGCUGCUGAGACAUAAGAUGUCAAGCUUGCUGGACUGUGGACAGUGACAUCAAUAUCUAAUGUGCAGGAGUUUCAUUCUUGCAAGAUUGAAACCACGUAAUGUCCAGCAGCUGGACUUUAAUGCCAGAUCUGUUCAUGCUGGUUCUUAAUUGGCGUUCGAGCAUCCAGACAAAUUCCCUCGUUACCUUUAACAGGUGUAGUAAAACCCGCCCUGUUUAUAAGCGCACAAAGACGUAACUAAUCAAUCACAUAUAACCCUGUUUGUUUCCUUCACCUGCACUCACGGUUCAUUCGUUCAGUCACACAUUGACACAGAAGCGCUCGUUCAGCUCUUCUAUACCCGACUCGGGUCCCAGUUCCACAGAGCCGCGAUUAAACGUCAACCAAAGUCACACCGCUGCCUUUUUUUAAACGUGUGCACAAGACCAAAGUUAUAAAUCGAGCCUCAGCAGAAGACGUUUCUAACAGGCUGAUUUAAUUCUAGGUUCUUUUUACCACAAUGUGCCUUUAUUCUCUUUUCUCUCCUGCUGGAUCCUAUUUGUAAAAUUGUUCUGCUUAUUUGUGUCUGUGUUCAUUGAAAUAAAAUAAAACAUAUAUUUUGUAUCUAA